CAUUUACUGUACCAAAAAGAGUUCCUCCUUCCCCAAGUUUUCUCCACACCAUUUCGAUUCUACAAUUCUCAGCUUUUCUUCACAAAUCACUUCACCGAUCGAUCAAACACUUCUUCAAUUCGAUUCACACAACGAUAAUCUACAUCCAAUUGCUCAAAAAACCACAGAUUAACGGUGGAUUCGAUGGGCGGCGGAAGCGGUGAUGACGGUGUGGAAUCGAACACGGUUGCCGGUGGUGACGCCGUUACCGUUAACGUACGGUGUUCUAACGGCACGAAGUUCUCCGUUCAGGCGAGCCUUGAGUCGUCUGUUGAGUCGUUUAAGUCUGUUGUUGCUCAGAAUUGUGAUAUACCUGCGGAACAGCAGCGGUUGAUUUAUAAAGGAAGGAUUCUGAAGGAUGAUCAGACGCUUAAGAGCUACGGCAUGGAGGCAGAUCACACUGUUCACUUGGUACGUGGUUUUGUUCCGGCAACAUCUACCCCAGCGGGUGGGGCUCCUACCAGAGCAAAUACUACUACACCUUCUGCAGGGGAAGCUCGUUCGGUUGAAGGUGAUACCAUAGGUGGAACCGGUCUUGGUGGCUCACUAUUUCCCGGACUUGGUCUGGGUGGUUUGGGAGGUAAUGGUGGCAUGUUUGGAGCAGGACUUCCAGAAUUGGAACAAAUGCAACAGCAGUUGACUCAAAACCCUAACAUGAUGCGAGAAAUCAUGGAUCUGCCUCUUGUUCAGAAUCUAUUAAACAAUCCAGAUAUCAUGCGCAACAUGAUGAUGAACAACCCUCAAAUGCGUGAAAUCAUUGAAAGGAAUCCAGAACUUGGUCAUAUGCUUAAUGAUCCCGCAAUUCUUCGUCAAACAAUGGAGGCUGCAAGGAACCCUGAACUCAUGCGUGAAAUGAUGCGUAACACUGAUAGAGCAAUGAGUAAUAUUGAAUCUUCUCCUGAAGGGUUUAAUAUGCUUAGGAGAAUGUAUGAAAACGUUCAGGAGCCUUUUCUGAAUGCAACCACAAUGGGCGGCGGUGGUGGUGAUACAACCAACGAUAACUCAAAUCCCUUUGCCGCUCUUUUGGGUGGUGGUCAGGCGGGCCCACCUCGUGAUCGAACGGCUACUCCUACAACCACUGGUGCUGACACAACUGGUUCUCCCGCUCCAAAUACUAAUCCACUUCCUAAUCCCUGGGCUGCUGGUGGUGGAGCUAACCAAACAAAUGCUGCUGCAACAAACCCUAGUGGGACCACUAGGUCACCGCGAGCUGGUGGCUUAGGUGGACUUGGUGCUCCAGGUCUCGAGGGCUUGUUUGGUGGCACUACUCCUGAUCCGAAUUCAAUGAGUCAACUUAUGCAAAAUCCAGCUAUUUCUCAGAUGAUGCAAAGUCUCCUUUCAAACCCUCAAUAUAUGAAUCAGAUACUUGGUCUCAAUCCACAAAUGCGAACCAUGCUCGAGUCAAACCCUCAAUUGAGAGAGAUGAUGCAAAAUCCGGACUUCAUUCGUCAGUUAACUUCUCCAGAGACCAUGCAGCAAAUGAUGACAUUACAACAGUCUCUUUUCUCUGGCCUUGGUCAGCAACAAACCAACCGGGAUGCUGGUCAAACUGGUGGAGGAACAGCAGGUUCUCCUAAUAACAUGAAUCUUAACAUGGAUAUGCUUAUGAACAUGUUUGGCAGCCUUGGAACUGGUGGCUUUACACCGCCAAAUAAUUCAAAUGUGCCACCAGAAGAACUGUAUGCUACCCAACUCGCGCAGCUUCAAGAAAUGGGAUUUUUUGAUACCCGAGAGAAUCUUCAAGCACUGACCGCCACCCGAGGUAAUGUGCAUGCUGCCGUUGAGCGGCUAUUGGGAAAUCUGGGUCAAUAAGAAUUUGUAAUCGUUACAUAUAUAUAAUAUGAUAUAUCACAUAUAUACCGUAUCAGUAAAACACAUGAGGAACGGGUCUGUUUGGAUCUGAGCCAAAUAUGUUGGAUUAAGUGCAUAAAUGUUUUCUGUAUGAUUUUGGAAAUUGCCUUACCUGUUUUGCUAAUGAUAUUGUUCAUUAACUUGA